AUGAUGAUACGGGUAAAUCUAAAACGUCUCUCUUUCGAAUGCCUAAAGUUUCCGUUUCUAGAAUUUCUAAGUCUCAGUCUCAGAUUAAAUCCAUUGGUGAUAGUUCUGUAUCAGAAGCUCUUAGUUACUCUAUUACUGAGGAAGCUCCUUCUGUUCUUUCAGACAGUUUUGAACAUAAAUUUCUUCCUGAGAAGAAGCUAGACAGCAGCACGAAGAACAUUAAAUUCAGAAUUCCUAAUUUGGGUUUCUCCAGAGUUGAUAUUGGUUCUUCUAAAGUUGAACAGGAUUCCUCAUUACCAAAAGCAGAUAUUACUCUGACAAAAUACCAAAUAAAUCUAGCUGAAUCUGAAUCUAAAAUAUCGUCUUUUACUGACGAAAAUGUUUCAAUAACCGAUUUUGAAAUUUUAAGUGAAGAUGGUUCUUUUGAGAAAGGAAGUCUAAAGCCAGAUGGGAAUACUCUAGAUGCUGAAAUACCUGUGGGUGACACUGAUUUUACAGUGAAAAUUCCAAAAUUCCGAAAACCAAAAUUUGGAAUUUCUUGGUCUAAGGGAAAACAAUCAGAAAGUGACAUUGUUUCCAAAGUGCAACCUGAAAUUUUUAAAGGAAAGUUAACGUCUGAUAUGAUUGAUAGUGAUAUUGAAAAAGUAGCUCUUAUCACUGAUGCCAAAUUUGGUGUAAAGAUGCACAAGCCCUCACCUCAAGUUGCUCUGGAUGCUCCAAAUUUGGAUGAUACCCUCCCAUCUGCAGAAGUUACUGUGCCACAAUUAGAAGUGGAAAGCCGUGGCCCAGGUUUAGACUACAAGGCAGAACAUGAAGUGGUUUCAGGAGAGAAGGACACUGAGGAGAAAGAAAACAAAUUUAAAACAUCAAAAUUUAAAUUGCCUUCGUUUAGUUGGUCUCCCAAGAAAGAAGUUAUUGCUUCUUCUGAAGCUGAGGGACAUGUGGAAGAACCUGCUUUAUCUGGAGACACAGAAUCGGAAUUAACAUUUCCUACUUCUGAGAGUCAAUACUUUCAUGUGGAAUUUGAUACAUCAACAGAAAAAGAUGGUGAGAAGGACAGAAACAAGAAGCCCCAAUUUGUCAUGCCAAAGAUCCCAUUCCCUAAAAUUAAGGGUCAGAAAGUCCAGGUCUCUCCACCCAUACUGGAAACUGACAUUUGUGGUCCCAGGCAAGAAAAAGAAAGUGUUUCAGUACAGAAAUCUGAGAGAGGGAGUUGUAGAGAAGGGGCAGGAAAGGGCAUAAAAAUGCCAAAAGUUACAGUCCCAACUUUGGAAUUUUCCAAACCAGAAGUCAAAGUUCCCAAAACAGAGAUGGAUAUUAGCAUGCCUACAGAUGACCUGAAACUGAAAUCAGCCCCUGCUAAUGCUGGCCUCCCAAUCUCAGAUAUUAAGAUGAUAACAGAAGGCUCCUUUGAAGUAAAGAGUUCUGACACAAGUGUUGAAAGAACAUCAGGUGACAUUGCUGUGGGUGAUGUAGAAACAAAAACUGAAGGUCCUGAAGGGAAAACAAAAAUGUCUAAAUUCCAAAUGCCAAAGUUUGGAAUUACACAUUCUAAGGGCAAAGGGUCAGAAAAGGUCAGCCAAUCCAAAUCAGAAGUCAAGGUCCCCCAAUUAAAAGCAAUGAUAGAAAUAGCUGAUAUUGCUUUUGAAGCACCAAAUUUGGAUGUGCAAUGUGGCACAAGAGAAGAAUCUCACAGCCUGGAAGUCAAAAUUACCGAAGCUGACAAUAAGACAUCAGCUGAUAUUUCUAUUCCAAAAACAGACAGAGAUGUUCAGGAUUCAGAAGAAGCACUAAGAUUCAAAGGGGAAAUAAAACAAGAUGGAGAUGGAGAAGAGAAAGAAGGACAUUUCAAAAUGCCAAAAUUCAAACUUCCAUCCUUCAGUUGGUCACCAAAGAAGGAAGCAAGUGUUAAACCAGAUUCUGGAGCAAAUUUGGAAGAUCAUAAACUUACUGUUAUGUCAAGCAGAGUAGACACAGAAGUGAGAGGAACUGCAACUGAUGGUCAAGGUACUGGGCCAGCCCUUGAUCUGGAAAUAUCUGCAGGAAAAGUUGAACAAAAAAGUGCAGUUAAAAAGCCUCAAUUUGUCAUGCCUAAAAUUUCACUCUCCAAGAUAAAGGUUCACAAAUCUCAGAGUCAUUCAACAAAAGUCGAAGCUGAUGCUGCUACUCCUAAAACAGAAAGAGAGAGUGAUGAUUCCAUACAGAUACCUGAUAUAGAAAGAAGUCAUUCUGAAAAGACAGAUGAAGGGGCACAAAUAAACAUAAAACUGGCUGAUGUUAAGAUCCCCACUCUGGAGUUUUCUAAAAUAGAAACUGGAGCCUCCCAAACUGAAAUGGGAGUCAGCUCAGCAAAGAUUGAUGCUGCUCUGCCUCCCUCAGAGGGGAGUUUUCAGCAGGUUGUCCUAAAAUCAAGUUCUACCAAUGAAGAUACUAAAAAAACAGGUAUGGAGUUUCCCAGAGGAGAAGCUUCAAUUGAACUGAGGAGCCCUGAAAUAGUAACAGAAAGAUCAUCAGUUGUAGAUGGAAGAAAGAUGAAAUUGGAAGGUCCUGAAGAGAAGAUUAAAAUACCCAAAUUCCAGAAGCCAAAAUUUGGGAUCUCCCUAACAAAAGGGAAAGGCCCAGACACAGAGAUCAGUUCUCCAAAAAUAGAAGAUGAUCUACUCCAGCUAAAAAGAGCAAAUGAAAUCGAUGACAUUGCUGAGGGAGUUACAGUAUCAGAACUUGCAUCUGUUAUAUCAGAUCCUGGAGAAGGUGUUCAUAAGAUAAAAACACCCCAAGUUCUGACAGCUGACAUUGAAGCUCCAAAGGCCCCAGAAAUUAACAAAGACACCAGUUUAACAAAUAGGUUUUCUAUGCAUACUCUGACUCUUGAAGAGCAUAAAGUCAAGUCACAGGAUAUAGAAAUCCUAAAGGCAGAAAGUUCCACUAAGUUAGAGGCUUCAGGAGUAGGAUGUAAACCAUCAUCAGUUGAAAGUACUCUGGAUGCAACACAGGAGGAAAUAGAUAUUAGUCUUCCAAAGGGAGAGCUAGAUAUCCAAACUCAGGAGGCAAUAAUUAAAAAAGAAAAGAUAAAAGGUGAGAUGAAAAUUACAGGAAUAGACAGUGAAGGAAACCAGUUAAAAAAGCCUACAUGUGAAUGGUCUACAACAAAGGGAUCAGAAGAUGGUACUUACGUUACAGCUAAGCUGGAAGACCUAAAGGUAGAAGUUCCAAAACUGAAGAUGGACAUUAAAAUUGCUAGAGUAGAUCCUGGAAUGAAAUUUCAGGUGAAAAGUGUUGAAAAGGACAUGUCUGCAGGGGUGGCAGUGCAAGUAGAAGACAGAGCAGAAACAAGUAAAAUUAAACCAUACAGGUUUAAGAUUCCAGAGUUUGGAGUGUUGCAUUCAGAAGUGAAGGCUUUUGAAGAUGAUAUUGAUUUGCCAAAGUCAGAAGCUGAUUCACUAUCUAAAACUGAAAUAGGCGCAGCAGAAAUGGAGCUUCAAAAAUCAGAAGCCUCUGUCGGCAUGCAAAGUGCAGCUCUAGCUCACAUGGAAGCAUCUUCCCGAAUAACAGUGGAAACACUGGACAAAUCACAGGAUGGCCCAGAAGUAAACAUAAAAAUUCCCAAACUAAAAAUACCAAAAUUCACUUUAAAAGCUCUCCCAACUGAAGCUGAAGUUUCAGUGUCAAAAGUGCCAAUAGAUCCAAAGGGGUCUAGUACUGACAUUGAAGUAGUGCAGCUGCAAGCAAGUUCUGCUGCCCCUGAAGAAACACCAGAGGCUCUAGAGGGUGGUAUUCAAAAAGCCAAAAGCAAAAUUGUAACACUGAGUGACCCUGACAUUAAAACAGCACAGGUGACUACUACCAUAGAGUCCUCCCUUUCAAAUGCAGGGCAAGAUAUUCAUUGGUCAUACGUAGAGGGCCAAGAAGUGAUUGAGAAAGUAGAACCUGAACAUGUUGCUAUUGAAAGGUGUGAGAUUUACAGUACUGAAAUACUGAAAGAAUCGGAGAUUCUCUCAUCAGAAGUCAGAACUGCUACUUUGGGAUUCUCAUUGCUCAAGGUGAAGUUGCCUGAAUCACACAGCAACUUAGAAGUGCUAGUCCAGCAGCCAUCUUCGAUAGAAGGUGUGUCAGCGAGCAAACCAAAAUGUGCUGAUGAAAGCUCCGGAGUUACAGCAGAGAGGAUAGGCAGUGCUGAGCUUAAACUAUCCGACAAAACACACACUGAGACAGAAGAACCUGGUGGAGAAUCCAAGACUGUUGACAAAGAAGAGAUAGCUCAUAAAGAGAGAAGACUCUCAGACGAAGAUAGCCCGUCAGAUAAACCUGAUGUGUUUUUUGAUGCACAAGAAAGCUUAUCACCUAAAGAAAAAACAGAGGCUGAAAAAUUUGAAAUUGAUGGGGCCUCAUCUAAUGUUCCACUUUCUCAAACUAUCGUGACCUCUUCAGCAAGAACUGAACUAAUCUUGUUGGAGGAAGAAAAAGACAGUCAAUCUAGUAUUCCUGGAGAUACAACCAAAUGA